UUAAAGCUUGUGGAUAUUUCUUCCCCCUCGGGGAAAGCUUAUAUGAGGAUUUUCUUUUUUAACAGUUCAUUCCGUGAAACCAUUUUUUUUUUAACUUGAUUGCUGUUAGAAAAUGUUGGAGCUGAACAUAAGGCUUUCAGUGCAGAUUGCUAUCAAGGAAACUAAGAGAGGAUGUAGGCAUAUUGUUAAUGUCUCUCUUCAGGCUGUAUUUGAGACAGGUUUCCAUGUGGAGAGAAACAAAGACUCAGUAGCAUGAAGCUUCAUCUCAUAAGGAAAUUUCUUUUCUUCAAGUAUUCUGGAGGCCAACAUUUUUAGUGCAUCCAUAGGAAGCGUCUCCACUACAGCCUUUCACCACACGAGAGACAGACUGAAGAUGUAGGCAGCUGACAAAUGUGAAAGCAAUGAAGAGGUGUUCUGAGGUUGACAGCGCUUUUCAUAGUACACGCAUUUGCUGGGAAAGGCAUAAGAAGGGAGAUAAACAGGCGAUGAUUUUGGCAAACUGAGAAGAAGCUGUAGCAGACCAAGAUGUUCCAAAGAGAAGAUCACAUCAAAAAGGCUCCAUCUGCCACGGUCUGAUCACAUUGCAGCAACAUAGGUGUUGCCAUGAGGAUCAGGAGGUGUCCUGUCUGCUUCAUAACUUGUCUUCUGGUUCUGCUGGGUAUACACCAUAGAGAGCUCCAUAUAGAGGCAGAGCAUACAUUUCAACACAGCUGACAAACCAGUUCCUGCACAUACAUGCAUCUGUGUAAGACUACUCCAAGAUCAGAGGCCUCUGUGGCACUGCAUGUAUAUAAGAACUGGUGCAUGUGUGUAGUUAGACUCUGCUUUUUGAGAUAUGAUGGUCCGACGCGGAUUUAUUCUAUUUCUUCCCCGACUUGUAGGCCUGCUGGUGGUGGCCUGUUGCUCAAUGUCUAUCGUUUAUAUGUUGGCUUGCACACCCAAGGGUGACAACCAGCAGCUUGCCUUGCCCAGGGUGCACAGUCCGACCGUGAAGGAGGGAUAUGAAGCCAUUCUGCAAGAGCGAGAAGAGCAACACCGUAAUUAUGUCAUCAGCUUGAAGAAACAAAUUGCCCAGUUGAAGGCUGAGCUCCAGGGCAGGACUGAGCAGCUUAAGGACAUGCAGAACCAGUACCCAGACUCCUUGGACAUUCAGCUUGACCACAGUAAACCAGAGAAGGCCCAAGCCAAUCUGUUGGCUUUCCUCCGUUCCCAAGUAGACAAAGCAGAGGUGCACAGCGGUGUUAAGCUGUCCACAGAGUAUGCAGCGGUGCCCUUUGAGAGCUUCACCCUCCAGAAGGUGUACCAGCUGGAGACAGGGCUGACACGGCACCCAGAGGAGAAACCCGUCAGGAAGGACAAGCGAGAUGAGUUGAUAGAGGUGAUCGAGUUAGCAGUGGGGAGCUUGAACAAGCCAGAUGGGGUCAGCAAAGCAAAACCCCAUGUAUACACUGCCUCCGACUUUGUUGAAGGGAUCUACCGCACAGAAAAGAAUAAAGGCACAUUGUAUGAGCUGACUUUCAAAGGAGAUGUAAAACAUCAGUUCAAGAAGAUUGUUUUAUUCCGGCCAUUUGGUCCUGUAAUGAAAGUGAAAAAUGAAAAUAUCAAUAUGGCUGACACACUUAUUAAUGUCAUUGUGCCAUUGGCCAAGAGAGCCAGCAAAUUUCGACAAUUCAUGCAGAACUUCAGGGAAAUGGGCAUUCAACAGGAUGGGAGAAUUCACCUCACUGUAGUUUACUUUGGAAAGGAACAAAUGAAUGAAGUCAAAUCAAUACUUGAAAAUACCUCUAAGUCAGCCAACUUCAAGAACUUUACCUUCAUCCAGUUGAAUGAAGAGUUUUCCAGGGGCAAAGGAUUAGAUGUUGGUGCUCGAUUUUGGAAAGGAAACAAUGUUGUUCUCUUUUUUUGUGAUGUGGACAUAUAUUUCACAGCCGAAUUCUUGAACUCCUGUAGACUGAACACACAGCCAGGGAAGAAGGUAUUUUAUCCUGUUCUCUUCAGCCAGUAUAACCCCAGUAUAAUUUAUGGUCACCAUGAUUCCAUCCCAUCUUUAGAACAGCAGCUGAUUAUUAAAAAAGAAACUGGAUUUUGGAGAGACUUUGGUUUUGGGAUGACUUGCCAGUACAGAUCUGAUUUUAUCAAUAUAGGUGGCUUUGACCUGGACAUUAAAGGCUGGGGUGGUGAAGAUGUGCAUCUGUACCGCAAGUACCUUCACAGCAACCUCAUGGUGAUCCGAACGCCUGUCAGGGGUCUCUUCCAUCUGUGGCAUGAAAAGCAGUGUCUGGAUGAGCUGACUCCAGAGCAGUACAAAAUGUGCAUGCAGUCCAAGGCCAUGAAUGAGGCUUCUCAUGGCCAGCUUGGGAUGCUUGUUUUCAAGGAAGAGAUUGAGACACACCUUCAUAGACAGAAAUUGAGCAGUAAGAAGACCUGAAUCCACAAAGGCAGGUUAAAAGCCUCUGAACUGGACUUAAGGGUGUUUUGGAAAAGAGGUUUUAACUGGAAAAGUUGGGAUGAGACUGAAAGAGGAUGGAGAUUCCAGCAGGAUGGUAGCAAAAGAAGAGGGAAAGCAUCUAUCCUCCCUAGUUUUGUUUUUAUUCUAAUAGGGCUUUUAAGUACUCCAUUAUCCUGACUGUUCAGCACUUGCUUCUGGAGAAGACUUGAAGACUUGAGGAGAUUCAAGGUCACAUCACAGAGACAAUGAACAUUAUGUGGUACUAUGUGACCAGUGUCGUAUUCACACUAACAAAUGCAUGUGCUUUUUCUUUGAAAUGUUUGUAAGAUGUGUACAGUUAUUUAAAGGACUGACCUUUUGGUGGGCCGAUAUUCAGGAGUUAUUUUCUACAUUUAACUUGACAUAUCUAAAAAGGGCUAUUUUUGACUAAGUACAGAGACUCCUGCUCUGAGAAGGACAUCUGAUUGUUAACCAUGGUAAAGCUGGAGUGACCAAAAAUACUUUUCCUUUAAGGGGCUGGGAGGGGGGAAACAGCAGCAGUGCAUUAACAGGCCACUCCCAGUUCAUCCAGCGAAAGAGGUUUCUCAGAAAGUGCUUUCUAAACUUAAGAAAGAGGAAACCUUACUGGUCAAGUGUGAUGGUUGAAAAACACUAGAGGGUACUGUUUGUUCUUCUCUGUGUUCAGUGAACCAAAAGCAAUGAGCCACAUCUGUAUCAUGUGAAUAAGUUAGUGUUAGUGUUAUUUCUGCUUUAGAAUGCUGUAUGUAUUUCAAGAUUUAUUUUUAAAUGAAAUUUGUUUGCCUUGGGAAUUAUUUUGCUAUACUUCAGGUUUUCUACUUUUCUAGCCUUAGUAGGAAAUAGUACAGCCUUCCAAUGCUUGGAAAAUUCUCUGCAGAUCUGUGUUUCUGUGGAUGGGAACUGGGUUCAGAUAAAUGAUUUUUCUACACAACCUGGGCACUGGAAGGCAGAAGCUUUAUCAUGCUGAAGAAAAGGAAAUACAUAUCAACUUGCAGUACUGAUUUAGUAGGAGGCUUUAAACUCCAAAUGCCAGAUACCAACAGUGAUGAACAUUUUCUGGUUUUAUACCAAAGUAUUUCUUCUAAACCAAAUACAGAGUCUUGCCCAGGGUAUGGAAAGUUUUUUGUAAUUAACAAAAUAAAUUUUUGUGAUGGACUACUGGA